AUGGCUGAACCUGGUGAUAGUAGCGAAGAUAUUCAUGGUGAUAAUAACAACAACAACGAUUUCAUGCCUUUUCCAACAACGAUGCCUGUUUCAAGAAUGCAAAUUGGUGAAAAACCGUGUUUAGGAAUGAAGUUUAGUAGUCAUGAAGAGGCCUACAACUAUUAUAACUCAAAGACGGCUAGUGAUGCAGAUUUUUAUUUUGCAUUAGAAGUAGCUUGUACUGGACAAAUGAGAAGUGUUUUUUGGACAGAUGGAAAAUCAAGAGCAACUUAUUUGAAGUUUAAUGAUGUUAUUGUGUUUGAUGUGACUUAUAAAACCAAUAAGUUUAGUCUUCCAUUUGCACCAUUUACUGGGGUGAAUCAUCAUAGGCAAUCUACUUUAUUUGGUUGCGCACUGCUAGCUGAUGAACAAGAAGAAACAUUUGUUUGGUUGUUUCAGGAAUGGUUAAACUGCAUGCAUGGAAUUGAACCAGGUGCUAUCAUCACAGAUCAAGACCGAGCAAUGUGUAAUGCCAUUCAUAAAGUAUUUCCAAACACAAGGCAUCGUUAUUUUUAUUGGCAUCUGCAGCGACAUAUUGCCGAUCAUUUGUAUUCUUUGAAUUCUGUUUAUAGUGAAGAAUUUCAAAAAUAUUGGGACUUGUGGUGUAAUAGUGGUAACAUUGAGAACUGUAAUUUGCAUUGGCACAAGAUGAAGGAGAAGUUUAAGAUAAUAGAAGAAGAAGAUGGAUGGCUGCAAAAUAUUUACAUGUAUCGAGACCAUUGGGUGCCAUGCUUCUUAAAAGGCAUUUUUUUUGCAAGAAUGAGAUCAACUCAAAGGAGUGAAAGCAUCAACUCAUUCUUUGAUGGAUAUGUGAAUUUACAAACACAGUUAAAAGAAUUUGUAACUCAAUAUGAAAAGGUCGUUACACAUCGACGAAUGAGUGAAGCACAUGAAGAUUUUAGAACUCUUAAUACAAAACCGCAGUUUCACCUUGGGCAUCCAAUUGAAAGACAAGCUGGAAGUAGUUAUACCCGCACUAUGUUUCAUGUAUUUCAGAAUGAGAUCAAAGGGUGUGGUGUUCUUGGCCUUCUAGAGGAGAGAAAAGAAGAAAAGUCUGUUUUAUGGCGAGUUGGUGACUUAGAUGAAAGCAAUGAAAAGUGGAGGUUUGUUACUUAUGAUGAAUGUAGAGAAGUACAGUAUAGUUGUAGUUGUAGUUUGUUUGAGAAUAGUGGUGUUCUAUGCAAACAUAUUUUGUACACUCUAAUGUUCAACAGACAAUGCUGUUCAUUGCCCAGUGUAUAUAUCCUACACCGUUGGACUAUAGAUGCUCGACAUCAUAACAUUGGAGUUAGUAAUGUUGUGUUUGGCAAAAACAUUGCAGGUGGUGUAGAAAAAAUCAAUUUGUUGAAACCUUGGGCUUUAAAAGCAAAAACCAACAAUGCACUGGAGCUUGCCUUUGAGUCAGAUAAGAGGAUGCAUGAGCUUGAUUCUUUGUUAACAAGUUUCAUAGAGAGGGUUGAAGAAGAAGUCAGAGGGUGUCAAGCAAUAGAUGCUGGAAGCAGCCACAUUCCUGACUCGGAUAUUCCACAGAUACCUACUUCACAUACAAUCUAG